AUGCUGCCCGUCUCGCGCAAAGACGCCGAAAAGAGGUCCUCCUACGCUGCCUUCGAUCUCGACCGAGAACCCACCUCUGCCACCUCGACCACAUACUCCUCUUCCACCACCACUGCCUCCUACGCUGCAGGCUUCUCGUCCCCCUCCACCACUUUUGAUUCGACGUACGACGGACCUCCCGCCUACCGCAAGCGCUACGUCGACUCCAACGACGCCCUCCUCCCCACGCACUCUCCACCUACCGCCGGACAUCUAGCCAACGACUCGCCACGCAGAAUGGCAAGCCCGGCACCCAACAGCCGCCGCUUUGCCGCUGGCUUCGAUCCGUAUGCCGCCGACGACCAGCGCACCGACGCCGCCUCCGUCUCGGACUCGGCGGCGCUCAAGGCAAAAGAGGCUGGAUUCGCGCCGCCAUCGCCCGCCCUCAACAACCCGCCGUCGUCGUCGUCCGCAAAGGUGAACAAAUACGCCCAUCUCAUCCCCGUCCACAAGCAGCGCAACCCCAACUUGGACCUCGUCGCCUGGACGCUUCGUCAGGAAGAGGUCAUCGGCCUCAUCUACACCAUCCUCUCGCUCAUCACGCGUCUCUGGCAGAUCGGUCGCUCCAACGUGGUCGUCUGGGACGAGGCGCACUUUGGCAAGUUCGGCUCGCACUAUCUCCAGCAAGAGUUCUACUUUGACGUGCAUCCGCCGCUCGGCAAGAUGCUCGUCGGCCUCGCCGGCCUCAUCAGCGGCUACCGCGGCCAGUUCGAGUUCAAGUCGGGCGAAAAGUACCCCGCCGACGUCAACUACGUCGGCAUGCGCGUCAUCCUCGCCAUGUUCGGCGUCGCCAUGGUGCCGCUCGCCUGGUUCACCAGCGCCGGCCUCAACUGGAACUGGCGCGCACGACACCUGCUCACCAUCAUGGUGCUCCUCGACAAUGGCUGGCUCGUCAUCUCGCGCUUCAUCCUCCUCGACUCCAUGCUGCUCUGCUUCACCUUCACCACCGUGCACGGCCUCGUCAAGUUCAUGCAGUACAAGUCGGCGCCGUUUUCGAGGUCGUGGUGGUUCUGGCUCGCCUGGACCGGCGCCUCGAUCGGCUGCGUCUCGUCCGUCAAGUGGGUCGGCCUCUUUGUCACCGCCCUCGUCGGCGUCUUCACCGUCGAGGACCUGUGGGACAAGUUCGGCGAGCUGCGCAUGCCCGUGCGCGCGUACGCACGUCACUGGUGCGCGCGCAUCCUCUGCCUCAUCUUCCUGCCGCUCACCAUCUACAUGCUCAGCUUCAAGGCGCACUUUGCCAUCCUCAGCCGGUCGGGCCCCGGCGACGCGCAGAUGAGCUCGCUCUUCCAGAGCCACCUGCGCGGCAACGACUUUGCGCUCUCCCCGCCCGAGGCCGCCUUUGGCUCCAAGGUCACGCUCAAAAACAUGGGCUACGGCGGUGGGCUGCUGCACUCGCACGUCCAGACCUACCCCGUCGGCUCGCAGCAGCAGCAGGUGACGUGCUACCACUACCGCGACAACAACAACGAGUUCAUCAUCACGCCGCCCUGGAACCAGCCGCAGCUGCCCACCAACUACUCGAGCUCCGAAGAGCCCAUCCGCAUGGUCAAGAACGGCGACAUCAUCCGGCUCGUCCACGACCAGACCAAGCGCAACAUCCACUCGCACAACUUUGCCGCGCCCGUCACCAAGGAGAAUCUCGAGGUGUCGGGCUACGGCGACGAGAAGGUGGGCGACGACAACGACCACUGGGUGGUCGAGGUGGUGGACGACAUGGUGCUCGGCAAGGUCAAGCUGGGCGCGCCCGUGCGCUCGCUCACGACGCGCAUGCGUCUGCGCCACCACAACCUCAACUGCUAUCUGCGUGCCGCGAAUGCGGUGUUGCCGCAGUGGGGAUGGAAGCAGGUCGAGGUGUCGUGCGACAAGGAGAACAAUCCCAAGGACGAGCAUACGUGGUGGAACAUUGAGAACCACUGGAACGACCGUCUGCCUCCGGGCGACGAGAAGCUGUACCGCUCGCCCUUCCUGCGCGACUUUAUCCACCUCAACGUGGCGAUGAUGACGUCGAACAAUGCGCUCAUCCCGGACGCGGACAAGGAGGACAUUCUGGCGAGCAAGCCGUUCGACUGGCCGUGGCUGUGGAACGGACUGCGCAUGAACUCGUGGGACGACUCUUCGAUCAAGUAUUAUCUGAUCGGUAAUCCUGUUGUGUGGUGGGGGUCUUCGGCGUCGUUGGUGGUGUUUGCGGGGACGUGGUUGUGGUACAUGAUGCGACGUCAACGACGGAUCCACGAUCUAUCCCCCUCGGACUGGGCGCACUUUCUCUACGUUUCGAAGAUCGCGGCGUUUGGGUGGGCGUUGCAUUAUGUGCCGUUCCUGAUCAUGGCGCGCGUAUGCUAUCUGCACCACUACCUGCCGAUCUUGUACUUUGCUGUGCUGAUGCUCGCGCAUUUGCUCGAUCACUUUGUAUGGCGACCGACCACGGCGGUAUACGCGCGGGGAGGACGCAGAGUACCCCUGUCGCACACCGUCAAGAACGCCGUGUUCGUAGGCGCGGUGCUCGCGGUCGCUGGUGCGUUUUGGUGGUUCAGUGGGAACAGUUAUGGCUACACCGGCGACAUAAAGCGACACAAGGGCUUGAAGUGGCGCAAGAGCUGGAACAUUUACUAG